UCUUGCUUGAUGUCUUCUGAGCGGUGGCGGCGCCCGGUCUAGGGCUGAGUUACCCGCGAGGCCCCUUACUCAGGCCGCUUUCUUCCGUCGGUUGGUAGAGCAGACCCCCUGCUUCCUUCCUGCCUAUUUUCUCCUCCUCUCUGAGGCUCAUCCUGCCAGCCGAGCUGCAAGCCGACCCCUAGCUGCCUUGCAGAGUUCCAUGAAGACAACGUAUAAGGACCUGAAUGGCCUCAUUUUAGCUGCUUUAGAGUCUGUGGAGCUCUUGCUUGCUCCUUCAUUUCACGUGCCUGGUGUGACAGUGGCCACCAAGCGCCAUGAAGGUAGUCCCAGAGAAGAAUGCCGUUCGGAUACUGUGGGGGCGAGAACGGGGCACUCGGGCUUUGGGAGCUCAGCGGCUUCUGCAGGAGUUGGUGGAAGAUAAAACUCGGUGGAUGAAAUGGGAGGGCAAGAGAGUAGAACUUCCAGAUAGUCCACGAUCUACCUUCUUACUGGCCUUCAGCCCAGACAGGACUCUCUUGGCUUCCACCCAUGUGAACCAUAAUAUCUAUAUUACGGAGGUGAAGACCGGCAAGUGUGUUCACUCUCUGAUUGGACACCGCCGCACUCCAUGGUGUGUUACUUUUCAUCCCACCAUCUCAGGCCUUAUUGCUUCUGGCUGCCUAGAUGGGGAGGUUAGGAUUUGGGAUUUACACGGUGGCAGUGAAAGCUGGUUCACAGACAGCAACAAUGCCAUUGCCUCCCUGGCUUUCCACCCUACGGCUCAGCUCCUCCUCAUUGCCACUGCCAAUGAGAUCCACUUCUGGGAUUGGAGUCGACGGGAGCCCUUUGCUGUAGUGAAGACAGCAAGUGAGAUGGAACGGGUCCGUCUGGUGAGAUUUGAUCCCCUUGGACACUACUUACUCACAGCAAUUGUUAACCCAUCUAAUCAGCAGGGUGAUGAUGAACCAGAGAUCCCCAUAGAUGGGACGGAAUUAUCCCACUACCGCCAGCGUGCCCUCCUGCAAUCACAGCCAGUUCGUCGGACACCUCUCCUCCAUAAUUUCCUGCACAUGCUGUCCUCCCGCUCCUCUGGCAUCCAGGUGGGAGAGCAAAGCACGGUGCAAGAUUCCGCCACCCCCUCACCCCCACCGCCUCCCCCUCAGUCCACCACGGAGCGCCCCAGGACUUCCGCUUACAUCAGGCUCCGACAGCGGGUCAGUUACCCCACAGCUGAGUGCUGCCAGCACCUUGGGAUCCUGUGCCUUUGCAACCGCUGCUCUGGCACUCGAGUUCCUUCCCUCUUGCCACACCAGGACAGUGUCCCCUCUGCUUCUGCCAGAGCUACUACCCCUUCCUUUUCUUUUGUACAGACCGAGCCCUUCCAUCCCCCGGAGCAGGCCUCGUCAACGCAACAGGACCAGGGCCUCCUGAAUCGGCCCUCUGCCUUCAGUACAGUCCAGAGCAGCACUGCUGGCAACACGCUCCGCAACCUCAGUCUGGGUCCCACCCGUCGCUCUUUGGGAGGCCCUCUGUCUAGCCACCCUUCUAGGUAUCACCGAGAUAUAGCUCCCGGGCUGACAGGAUCUGAGUGGACCCGAACAGUGCUCAGUCUGAACUCCCGCUCUGAGGCGGAAUCCAUGCCCCCGCCUAGAACCAGUGCCUCUUCAGUGAGUUUGCUGUCUGUGCUGAGACAACAGGAAGGUGGCUCUCAAGCAUCUGUGUACACUUCAGCCACAGAAGGGAGGGGUUUUCCAACUUCAGGGUUGGCAGCUGAGUCAGAUGGAGGGAAUGGCUCUAGCCAAAACAAUUCAGGCAGCAUUCGCCAUGAACUUCAGUGUGAUCUGAGACGCUUCUUCUUGGAAUAUGACCGGCUUCAGGAGCUGGACCAGAGCCUGAGUGGGGAAGCUCCCCAGACCCAACAGGCCCAAGAAAUGCUCAACAAUAACAUUGAAUCUGAGAGACCAGGCCCCUCCCACCAGCCUACCCCGCACAGCAGUGAGAACAACUCCAAUCUAUCCCGUGGCCACCUGAAUCGCUGUCGCGCCUGCCACAAUCUCCUAACCUUCAACAAUGAUACCUUGCGCUGGGAAAGAACCACACCUAACUACUCCUCUGGUGAGGCUAGCUCCUCCUGGCAGGUCCCCAAUACCUUUGAGGGCAUGCCAUCAAGUGGCAGCCAGUUGCCACCUCUCGAGCGGACUGAGAGCCGAACGCCUGGCUCCAGCAGGCUGGAGUUGAGCAGCUCUGCUAGCCCGCAGGAAGAGAGGACUGUGGGGGUGGCCUUUAACCAGGAGACAGGCCACUGGGAAAGAAUUUAUACUCAGUCCAGCCGAUCUGGAACUGUAUCACAGGAGGCCUUACAUCAGGAUAUUCCUGAGGAAAGCUCUGAGGAGGAUUCACUCAGGAGGAGGCUGCUGGAGUCUUCCCUCAUUUCAUUAUCCCGUUAUGAUGGAGCAGGAUCCAGAGAGCACCCAAUUUACCCAGACCCAGCGAGGGACAGUGGUGACAGAUCCAGGCACAGAGCUCCCCGCAACGCCCGUAUGUCUGCACCUUCACUUGGCCGCUUUGUCCCCAGGCGUUUCUUGCUGCCUGAAUACCUGCCUUAUGCUGGGAUUUUUCAUGAACGUGGACAGCCUGGCUUGGCUACUCACUCUUCUGUUAACAGGGUCCUGGCAGGAGCUGUGAUCGGUGAUGGACAAUCUGCAGUGGCCAGUAACAUUGCCAAUACUACCUACAGGCUCCAGUGGUGGGACUUCACUAAGUUUGAUCUCCCAGAAAUCAGUAAUGCCUCUGUGAAUGUGCUGGUGCAGAACUGCAAGAUCUACAAUGAUGCCAGCUGUGACAUUUCUGCAGAUGGCCAGCUUCUGGCAGCAUUCAUCCCUAGCAGCCAAAGGGGCUUUCCUGAUGAAGGCAUCCUGGCAGUGUACUCCCUGGCUCCCCAUAACCUGGGUGAAAUGCUCUAUACCAAACGAUUUGGUCCCAACGCCAUUUCUGUAAGCCUGUCCCCAAUGGGCCGAUAUGUAAUGGUGGGCUUAGCCUCGAGAAGGAUCCUCUUGCACCCCUCCACAGAGCACAUGGUGGCCCAGGUCUUCAGGCUGCAGCAGGCCCAUGGUGGUGAGACCUCCAUGAGGAGAGUUUUCAACGUCCUUUACCCCAUGCCUGCCGACCAGCGGAGACAUGUCAGCAUCAACUCUGCCCGUUGGCUCCCAGAGCCAGGGCUCGGCCUGGCCUAUGGCACCAACAAAGGAGAUCUGGUGAUCUGCAGACCAGAGGCCUUAAACACUGGGAUCGAGUACUACUGGGACCAGCUGAGUGAAACCGUCUUCACUGUCCACUCCAGCAGCCGGAGCAAUGAGCGGCCUGGAACCAGCAGAGCCACGUGGAGGACGGACAGAGACAUGGGUCUCAUGAAUGCAAUUGGGCUACAGCCCCGGAACCCCACCACCUCAGUGACAUCUCAGGGCACCCAGACCCUGGCCCUUCAGCUGCAGAAUGCCGAAACACAGACAGAGAGGGAGGUACCGGAGCCGGGGACAGCAGCCUCAGGACUUGGUGAAGGGGAGGGCUCAGAGUAUGGUGCAGGUGGAGAAGACGCCCUCAGCAGGAUCCAGAGGCUGAUGGCGGAGGGGGGCAUGACAGCUGUGGUGCAGCGGGAGCAGAGCACCACCAUGGCCUCCAUGGGCGGCUUUGGCAACAACAUCAUCGUUAGCCACCGUAUUCACCGUAGCUCCCAGACGGGUGCCGAGCCCACUGCUGCCCGCACCUCCUCACCCCAGCCCUCCACCUCCCGAGGACUGCUCCCUGAACCUGGGCAACUGGCAGAGCGAGGCCUAAGCCCCCGGACAGCCUCCUGGGACCAGCCUGGUACCCCUGGGCGGGAGCCACCCCCACAAGCCCUGCCCCCUUCCUCCCCUAUCCCCGUUCCCCUUCCCAGCCCUGAGGGACCAACCCGGCGCUGUGACCUGACCAAUAGCAGCCACCUUCCUGAUGGCAGUGGCAGCAGCCGGGGAGAAGCUGCGGGCCCCAGUGGGGAGCCACGGAACAGGUAGAGACACAUGUGAGCACUGGCGCCGCCUCUGAACCGCUGAGCAGAGGCGACCUCACAGCUGACUGGGAAGUGUACACGUGGAAGAGCUGCAGGCUGCGUCAGGGAACAGAGGAAUAAGGGUGGAGGGCCGAGAGGAGUCAGUCAGUGGGCACGAGGCAGUCAAAUGGGCGAGGCCUGCCUCGGGGGGCUAGAACCUUCUAGGAUUUGAAGCCCCGGAGGGCCACAGUGCUGGACUCUUGUCAACUGAGGAGCAAGUGGGUGUCUGCCAUGAGCCUACCUUUCUCCUAGGUUCAUGGGCUCCAGGGACUCAGCCCUAGGCAGAGAGCCCCACAAGGGUGAACCGUCUUCCAGUUCUGGGCCAAGAAUCCUGGACAGAGGCCAGUGGGGCAGCUUUGCCCUGUCCACCUGUUGCAUGGGCAGAGCCACCAGGAGCCCCGGGACAGGAAGAGGUGGCUGGGCCCCAGGAGCCUCCUCCAUCUCUGAGCCUUCCAGAGGUCCAGCCUGUCGUCUUUAUCUUUCCCCACAGAGACCACGGUCAGGUUGGGCCAGGCUCCCAGAUUCCUGAGGACAGGGACUUCCUGCACUUAUACUGGGAGACAUCCAUGGGGUGAGGGGUCAGCUUGCUUGCCUGAUAACAGCCUGGGGUCAAGGGACAGUGGGCAGGCCCUCCCUCAGGAGUCAGUGGUGUAGGCUGGCCCAUCCCCAGGCUUGUUCAGCCAGCUCCUCCCUCCCCCCAAGGGCCUCAGAGCAGCACCUCUGGGUGUCAGUAUUACCUAAGCCUAGUAGGCCAAAGCCAGCCUGAGGCUGGGGGUGGGGAUGAGACUCCAAGUCAGAAUGUGAGGUCUUGGUCUGUGACUUAAGGUGUUGCAUGUGGAAUCUUGAACUGUAUGUGUAGUUUCUAGUGGAGAAAAUCAAGGCUCUGAUUAUUUUGUUUUUAGUAUGAAAAUGUGAUUUCCUUUCUGUUUGUAACUCAUCAUAGAAACAUUAUGGUGGGAGGAGAGGGGAUAGUCUGACUGCUAAUGAGGGAAACACCAAAGAUCUACAUUAUUAAAAUGAUGACAUGCCCCUC